GGCAGUGGCGCAAUUAUCUGUGAGUUCAUACACAGCAAUGGAAGUGGUUGGUUGAGACGCUGGUGAAUAGACUAGCCAGAAGGCAAGAAGAUGCAGCGACAUUUUUUGGUCUUUGGAAAUGUCGAAAUAUUUUCUCCUGCUUGGGGAACCGCUCUGCCCAGGUUUAACAGACCAGGUGGUGCAAAGUUACUUUUCAGUCUGUCAUGGAAUGUUUACAUCCCCACCAUAUGAUGAAGUUAUCAUAACUCCAGCAAUCCACGUGGCUUGCAUGUUUUUGUAAUAACACACUCAUCUGUUCUGCACUCACGGCGUACAAACAAAUUUACUAUUGGGACAACACAGUGCCCGUUCAACAUCAGCACAAGAGUUGAAUAUGAUUUGGUCUGGAUUAUCACAAAGUAGUUGCUAGGCGCCAAGAUUUACAAACGAUUUGAGGCCACAUAUUCAGACUGUAGGAGAUGCGUUCAUAAUGGAGUUCAUUCUGGAGCGCUCCAAAACUGGAGUAAUACACUCGCCGGCCGCAGAUCAGACAUUCAUUAACCCCACACGUUUGAAUGAAUUGGUUCUGGACUGAUUUGUUGACGCACCACCUCGAAAGGGUAGACUAAUAAGCUGGUCGUGAACAUCGGCGCAGUCUGGUAACUCCCCAUCGUCCGCGUCGGCGGCAGCGACCAUCACGCUACACCUCAUUCCAGAGGGUUACGAUCACGCGGCGGCGACAGUCACGCUACACCCCAUUCGCAGGGGGCAUGUUUUUUAAUUUGCUUCUGCUUCUUUUCAUCCUUUUGCCACUCCAAGAAACCUCAAAACUGGCCAGAAUCGUCGUGUUCAGCUAAAUGACCUUGAAAUCGCUCUCGCCCCUCCUCACCUGCGCGAGUGUGGUGAGAAGGGACCAGAGUCGAUCAAACAGGAGGCGAUGUUUUUGUGCUGCUCCAUCUGUUGCUGCACAACUCUCCCAUACCAUUGACAUUCAUCACUAAAGGCUGUACAUUCCCGCUUGCGCCUGCCAUACGGGUUGUGUGAAAGGACAGUUCUCGCUAGCGUCUGCAUAUUCUUGGUGCUGCGCCCGAUCUCGGGUUACCUGACGGAGUCGUGAGUGUGUGCUUGCGUUGGAAUGACGUGCAAUUAACAGCCACUCUCGAGGCUUAUCAGCUCGUAUCCAAGGCAUAGUCGACUUUGGCGCAGUUUCGACUGGUGUCUUGAUGAUAUACACUGCGCAAGCAAGUUGUAUGAGCUCGAGGGGUAUGUGUGGUAACUGGGUUACAUUUUUGACGGUGUGGAGCUGGGUGUGGUAUAGACCGUAUGCUACUUGCGGACGUUGACUCGAGCUCUGGAGCGGUCAGAUGACCUGGAAUCAUCGCAUUGUGCGUUGAUUGUGGGGAACGCGGAAGUGCGUUGGUAAUAGGCGGCAUGGCAAUCGACUUCGGAAAUCUACUCAUGUAACUGUUUGCAGUCUUUAGGCUUGAGUGGUACAAUUUUGUUCUGGCGAUCAGUAUUUCAAAUCGGAGGACCAUCUUUAUGGAUUUGUUAGGGAGGUGGCUAGUGUAGGGAGGGGAGGUCACCUUGCAGACAAGCAUGGGCCUUUGACACCCAGCGUCAUGGUGUUGCCCGUAUUGGUGACUCGUUGUGAAGAGAAGAGGGUCAUGGAGGAGUUGAGAGUAAAUUUUUUGGGAUGGCUUUAUGUGGUUGCAGUAGUAUUGCAUUUCUGUACUUGUGGAGCUGUGCUUGGACAAGUAGUGCAAGCCAACGGGGGGAGGCUGGACUAUAGGAAUGCUUUAGAGAAGUCGCUGAAAUUCUUUGAAGCUCAGAGGUCUGGGAAAUUGCCGCCCACGCAGCGCGUCACAUGGCGAGGAGAUUCCGGCAUGAGCGACGGUCUAGAGCAAGAUAUUGACCUUACGGGCGGGUAUUAUGAUGCUGGCGACAAUGUGAAGUACGGACUUCCCAUGGCAUUCACCAUCACCAUGCUCUCCUGGAAUGUCAUUCAGUUCAGAGAAGAGCUGCAGACUGCUGGUGAGCUCGAUCAUGCACUGGAGGCAAUCAAAUGGGGUACUGAUUACUUUAUCAAAUGCCAUCCUGAGGAAAAUGUUCUCUGGGGCGAGGUGGGAGACGGAGAUUCCGACCACUACUGCUGGAUGAAACCAGAGCAUAUGACAACCUCACGCAAGGCUUACAAGAUCGACGCCGAGCAUCCGGGAUCCGACCUAGCGGGAGAGACAGCAGCUGCUAUGGCUGCUGCAUCGAUCGUCUUCAAGCCAUCAAAUUCUCGUUACUCCGCCACGCUUCUAAUCCAUGCUCGCCAGCUCUUUGCAUUUGCGGACACCUAUCGAGGUGCAUAUGACUUGAGCAUUCCAAUAGCCCAAAACUACUACAAAUCAUGGAGUGGAUACUACGAUGAACUGCUGUGGGCAGCUCUGUGGCUCUAUGACGCCACAAACGAGACUCGAUAUCUGAGAUACGUUGUGGAUAAUGCCGACACGUUGGGAGGAGUAGGAUGGGCCCUUGAUCUGUUCAGUUGGGAUAACAAGUUUGUUGGUGUCCAGGUCAAGGCGACGAAGGUACUGUUAGAUGGCAAUGCAGGGCCUUAUACUGAGAUUCUUCAGCAAUAUCAGGCCAAAGCUGAGUACUUCCUGUGUGCAGCGUUGCAGAAGAACCAUGGGAAACAACUUACCAAGAGUCCUGAUGGAAUGUUUUGGACGCAAUAUUGGAACAAUAUGCAGUAUGUGACCAGUGCUGCUUUCUUGCUGUCCGUUGCUUCAAAUUACUAUGCAGCGGCUGGUCAGAAUCCUCAGCACUGCAUAUCCUCUGUCACAACGAGGGAGAUGCUCGCGGCAGCCAAGCAGCAAGUAGAUUACAUUCUGGGUAAGAACAGCAGAGGCAAAAGCUACAUGAUAGGCUUCGGUUCCAAUUUUCCGUUACGCGUGCACCACCGAGGUGCCUCCAUUGAUGGCCCUGUGGGUUGCAGGAAAGGAUAUGGUAAAUUUUACUUGGUCCCAGAUCCUAAUCCAUUCGUUCUGGAAGGCGGCAUCGUGGGCGGCCCCGACCAGAAUGAUUUAUACCAAGAUGUUCGGCAAAAUUUUGCCAUGGCUGAACCGGCCCUUUAUAAUACAGCUCCCCUGGUUGGUUUAUUGGCGUACUUGAUCGAAGGCUACAAUGACGAUGGAGUUAACCACGGAGUUGCAGGCAUUCUCCAAGUAAACGGCCAGCGCCAUCUUGAUGGAGGCCUUGGGAUUUACAGCAACCGGAGAAUGCAAGCGAACCAUCGCAAUACCAGGAAGGGAGCUCAGGUGGUGAUGGUGAUCCAUAUGUUGGUGGACCAGUUUGUGCACAACGGCAAACAGUCGUUCAAAUUCUCUGGCAAAGUCGUGAAUAAGUCCAACCGGCCAUUGAAGAGUGCAGAGUUGGUUGUGCACAAGUUAUAUGGUCCGUUGAGGGGGCUAUCUAAAGUGCACGAAAGUGGCAACGUCUACGUUCUUCCCAACUGGUCUGAGACCCUUCUGCCCGGACAGAGCAUCAAAUUUUCUUACAUCCAUUCUUAUGGCAAAGCACAAAUGUUCGUGCGAUCCUAUGAGCUCGCCUGAUUCAGGCUUGAAAUUUUCCAAAUAGCAGUGAAUGCAUAAUCGAGAGUAAUUGGUGAGUAGCAAUGCUGCAACAAACGAUCCUUCACAUAGUUUUCUACCUGUAUGUUGAGUAUCAAAUUAGAUUUGAAUAAGUAUCUAAAGCUAUAACAUGCAGUGAACUACCAAUUUUUUUCGCAAGAGUAUCAUCACAGCUGUUCACUUAGCAAGAUAUAUGGAGACACAAUAUCUUAAACCAGUAGGUCACCUUUCGACACCACCUAGAAGUAGAAGAUGAUUGUGAGGGAGGAGUCUCUCAAGUGUGCACUGUUACAUGGGUUCCAGAAUGUUCUGAGCUGCUGAGAGGUGGCCUAACUUGAUGUUUGAAAUCCUUUCUAGUGCUCAAAAACGAGGAAUUCACUCAUAUUGCCAGUGAAUUCUUCAAUGGACUCUUCCUACAUCACCAGGUGCGGGAUGUAAGGUGCUGCUUCAUGUAAAAUUCAAUAAUGACAAAGUUGACCUAACGCAGAGUCAACGACGUUUGCCAUUU